AUGUCCAGAGCAGUAGAGUUGGUAAAGCAAUACGCUUCUACUGGGCGUAUUAAGGUCCCUCAAUUUGGGGAUACCGUCCAUAAUGACAGUUGUGUGCUGUCUAUGGAUACACCAUUGUAUCCUGUAGAGGGUCUGUAUGUAUCGUUGGAGGAAGGUUGGAAGGGGUAUGGUAGGCCUUUUCUCGAUGUUGAUAUCAAUAACCACGACAUAAGCAGUGCAUCAGGAGCUGUGGUGUACUUACAUAUCAAUACUAAAUUGAUUCCAAAAAAGAAGGAGGAUGAUGAUGAGGAGAAAGAGCCGACCAAGUUGGCAAUAGGGGUCCAAGGGGGAUUUGAUGGUGGCAAGGAUUAUGAGGAGGAAAAAGAUUAUAGAAUUGCAGUAGUCCCCUAUUGUAAUGGGAAGGCGGAUACUGAGUGGUUGUAUCUGUCCCUGGAUGACCUGUCGGACCUGCCCGAGAUCGUGGGUGAGGCUGUUUUUGCCAUUAUCGAUCAUAAGGGUGCCGAGGAUGAUGCCGCUGUGAUGGCUUGGGAGGCGGGGGAGGAGGAGCGGCCUGUCAGCAAGUAUGCGGCUGAGCUAGUUCAGGAGGUGCCGGUGAAGAGGAUAAGCCCUAACUCGGCUGAUUGGUAUUGUGAGAAGUCUGGGGAUAGGGAGAAUCUUUGGUUGAAUCUCUCUGACGGAUAUAUAGGUGGCGGUAGGCGUAAUUGGGACGGUAGUGGUGGUAGCAAUGGGGCAUUGGAGCAUUAUCUUGAGAUGAAGGAUCAGGGCAAGAUGUACCCCUUGGUGGUUAAAUUGGGCACUAUCACGCCUAAGGGAGUGGCUGAUGUAUUCUCCUAUGCUGAGGAUGAGGAUACUAUGGUCAGUGAUCCGAAGCUGGCACAGCAUCUGGAGCAUUGGGGUAUCGACGUGAUGAAGAUGUCCAAAACGGAUAAGUCUAUGGCCGAGAUGGAGGUUGAACUUAACAAGGAGUUUGCCUUUGAUCGGAUCACUGAGGCUGGCAAGGAGUUGGAUAGAGUGCGAGGCCCGGGUUUGGUGGGGCUUAGGAAUCUCGGGAAUAGCUGUUAUAUUAAUAGCUUCCUACAGCUGAUAUUUAGUGGUAGUGUGGAGGCUUUGAAGAGGAGGUAUGUGGAUGAGAAUGGUGUGUUGAGGAGGAGUAUGGCUCAGAAGGGAGCGUUGGAUAAUGAAGGGAGCCCACAGAGAACUGUGUUGGAAGUGGCUAAGCUGACCAACGCCCUCAAUGGGACGAGGUACUGUCCUCCGAUACCACAGGGAGAGGAGGAAAGGAAGUUGGACCCUUUUAAUGGUAUGUUGGCACCAGUUAGUCUACGGAAGCACUUUGGCAAGGGUCAUCCCGACUUCUCGACCUCAUCACAGCAGGAUGCAGCGGAGUGA